ACUUACCUAUAAAAAACUAGGGUACAUAAGGAUGAAGGACUCCAGCUUGCUUCAAUCCCUGAAGGGCAACUUUUCUCUGUGAGUCUGUCAUGAUUGUUGUCUUUGGUUUGGAGUUUAUCAUACGUAUCUGGUCUGCUGGCUGCUGUUGUCGAUACCGUGGAUGGCAAGGAAGAUUGCGGUUUGCAAGGAAACCAUUCUGUGUUAUAGACAUAAUUGUUCUCAUCGCUUCAAUAGCAGUUGUUUCUGCAAAAACUCAGGGUAACAUUUUUGCAACAUCAGCACUCAGGAGUCUUCGUUUCCUGCAGAUCCUUCGUAUGGUGCGCAUGGACCGAAGAGGAGGGACUUGGAAACUGUUAGGUUCAGUGGUCUAUGCACAUAGUAAGGAGUUAAUCACAGCCUGGUACAUAGGAUUUUUGGUACUCAUUUUUUCAUCUUUCCUUGUCUAUCUGGUUGAAAAAGAUGAAAAUGAUCAAUUUUCUACAUAUGCAGAUGCACUAUGGUGGGGCACAAUCACAUUGACAACAAUUGGCUAUGGAGAUAAAACACCUCUUACUUGGCUAGGAAGGCUGCUUUCUGCAGGAUUUGCACUGCUUGGCAUUUCUUUCUUUGCACUGCCUGCUGGCAUUCUUGGGUCAGGAUUUGCAUUAAAAGUACAGGAACAGCAUCGUCAGAAACAUUUUGAAAAAAGAAGGAAUCCUGCUGCCAGUUUAAUUCAGUGUGUAUGGCGUAGUUAUGCAGCUGAUGAGAAAUCAGUUUCCAUUGCUACCUGGAAGCCUCAUUUGAAGGCCUUGCAUACCUGCAGUCCUACAAAGAAAGAACAAGGUGAAGCAUCUAGCAGUCAGAAGCUGAGCUUUAAAGAACGGGUACGAAUGGCUAGCCCAAGAGGACAGAGUAUCAAGAACAGACAAGCAUCUGCUGGUGAUAGGAGAUCACCAAGUACAGAUAUUACUGCAGAGGGCAGCCCAACAAAAGUGCAAAAGAGCUGGAGUUUCAAUGACCGAACACGCUUCCGACCUUCUCUACGUUUGAAGAGUUCACAGCCUAAGCCAGUGCCAGAUACUGAUCCCAGCCUUGGUACAGAUGAUAUAUAUGAUGAAAGAGGAUGCCAGUGUGAUGUAUCAGUGGAAGAUCUCACUCCAGCACUUAAAACUGUUAUCCGAGCUAUCAGAAUCAUGAAAUUUCAUGUUGCCAAAAGGAAGUUUAAAGAAACGUUGCGUCCCUAUGAUGUCAAAGAUGUAAUUGAACAAUAUUCAGCAGGUCAUCUGGAUAUGCUGUGCAGAAUUAAAAGUCUACAAUCACGGGUUGACCAAAUUCUUGGAAGAGGACAAAUUGCCCCUGAUAAAAAAAGUCGAGAGAAGAAUACUGUAGAGAAUGAAACAGCUGAUGAUCUUAGCAUGCUAGGGCGUGUAGUCAAGGUGGAAAAACAGGUCCAAUCUAUAGAGUCAAAAUUAGACUCUCUGCUAGAUAUUUACCAGCAGGUCUUGAAGAAAGGAUCUCUGUCUGCACUAACUUUGGCUUCAUUUCAAAUGCCACCUUUUGAAUGUGAUCAAACCUCUGAUUAUCAAAGUUCUGUAGAUAGUAAAGAGUUGUCUAAUUCUGCCCAAACUAGUGAAUGUGUUUCCAGAUCAACGAGUGUCAACAUGCCAUGUGGCCUCCAGCUUAUACUGACACCAAAUGAAUUUAACCCUCAGGCUUACUAUGCUUUUAGUCCAACUAUGCAUAGUCAAGCCACACAGGUGCCAAAUGAUGGACCUGUAGUUCUAUCAGCUAAUAAUACACUAAACCAAAUAAACCAGACAUCGAAGCCAACAACACCUACGACAUUACAGAUACCCCCUUUUUCAUCAGUAAAGCCUAUCAACAGGCUGGAACCUAUACAUAUUAUUCCUGUGAGCACACAGGAAAAUACUUCUGAUGUCACCGCUUGCCUUGUUGCUUCUAAGGAUAAUGGACAAAAUGCAAAGUCUGGUGUGACAAAAGAUAAUUCGUGGAGAAAAAGCCUUGAAACAGAAGGGGAACCCCUAAUCUCAGUGAAACCAAUAGCGCAAAUGGAUAUAGGGAAAUCACUGUCAGUACAAAACCUUAUACAGUCUACAGCAGAAGAACUGAAUGUACAUAUUUCUGGAAGUGAUACCAGUAGUGCAAGAGGCAGUCAAGAAUUAUACAGCAAAUGGAGGGAAUCAAAAUUAUUUAUAACUGAUGAAGACUUGGAAGCAGAGAGAGAAAGUGAGACUUUUGAGGCUAUUUCCCACCCAUUAGUGGAAACUACUCUCUCUACUGACUCUCUGAGGACUGGAAUGUCAAGAUCAUCUCAAAGCAUUUGCAAGCCAGGAGACAGUACUGAUACUCUCAGCCUGCCUCAUGUCAAACUUAAAUAGCAUUUUGUGGAUUUUGUUCAGAGAGUAAUCCUUUCAGUCAUACAUAUCACAGCAUGGACUAUUUUGAAAACCCUUUUGAUGAUUUUUUAAAAAAAAAUUAAUCAGGAAGAAAGGCAGUUGUAUGAGUCUAUAUCUUUCAGGUGCAUGAAAAUGCAUGUUUAGACGACUGAUAUCCUAAUUUAUACCUACAGUACACUGGUAUUUUUGUUUAGUACAGUAGGCAUAAAUGGGAAACUAUAUGCUUCAGGUUUAUUAAAGAACAAAAAGAUCUGAACAUUUGGAAACUAUGGUAUUUCUAUAAUACAUAAAAUUAACACAACAUGUAAAGCACUUUGCUUCUGGUUUAACUAAAUACUACAUAUGACCUGAAGCAGACCAUUUUUACGUUUACAACAAUAAAACUGUCAACAGCUGCUAGUGAAGGAAACCUGUAAUAUGAGAUUAGAAAUGGCUGCUACUUUCAAACUAAGAUUAAUUGGCAAUUUUAGAAGAGUGUGAUUUCUGUAUUCCUUUGGAGGUACAGAACCAAGAUAAAAUAUUUUGCACAGCACUUUUAAUGAGUUUUUUUGUGACUGAACAUUUUUUUACUAUGAAAUGUUCUAAAUUCCAGGCCAUUAGGGAAGACUUGCUUUGUGCAAUGUUCUCUGUUUCACACUUUCCAAAUUCACUGAUGACUUCCUUUUGGAUCUAAAUUCUUUGGGCAGAAAUAUGUGCAAGGAAAAAGCAGAUACUUGAUUGUAGAUUAGUAUUUUCUCCCUUUAGUCCAUGUUUUCUGAAGUUGAAUGAUAGCACAAUCAGAGGCUGGGGAAAAAGAAAUAUAUUAGAUAGAAAGCAGUGAAAGAAAGAAUGGAGAUAAAAGGAAACUAUACAUUUUUUAAAAGAAAGUUAAAAAUAAAUGUAUUUUUUUAAAUGGGUCUAUACAGUGGGGAAUGAGAAGAGUAGAAAAGGAAAACAAGAAUAAGCUGGGGAAGGUUUUAUAAUGCUUUCUUUUAAUCUAAACACUGUUCUCCUCUCAAAUAAAAAUGAUAAGGAAAUCUUAGCUCAUCUGACAGUACUGAAGACUACCUGUCAGAUCCUUCAGACGUUUGUACUGGCAAGAAAUUAAGGCAUAGUUCCUGCCUAUAGUUUCUUCCUGGUUUGUUUGUCUUAACUAUACAAAUUCAAAAAAUGGGGCCUCUUUUGAAUGUAUGUUCCAGAAUUGUCUCUGUCCCACUCCCAACUGAAAUAAUCAAUGCUGAUAUUUAUGGUAUACCCCAGAAAUAUAUAGCUUGAGCAUGUUCAUGAGCAAGAUGUGAUGUGUUCAAUUUUCUCUAAUGAUUCCAAAGGCAUUAUACAAAUUGAAUGAUGCCACUACUAGCUGGUAAUGGUUUGUGAGCCAGCCCUGCUGAGAAUGAGAGUAUACAAGAAUGUCACAAGAUGUCUUACUGGCGGUUAAAUGCUACAAGCAAUUUUAAAUGUUUACUCUGAAUCAGUUGUAAUUUCUUCCUCCAAUGUUGGGAAGAAUUUUCUGGCUAUAAAGGCUUAUUGUUGAUAAUCUUAUUAGGAGAAAAUAUACACAAACCGGUGGGUGUUUAUGCUGUAUCAUUCCUAUAAAACUUGCAGAUGAUAAAUAAUGUUCUACAGCUUUCCCUGUUCUAAAGCUCCAUUGACAAAUUCUAAGAAAAGGUAUCUUGAAGCAUAUGAACCAUGGUCUAUUUUACAUCAUUAUUUUUACAAGUUGCUGUAUCACAUUUGGUUAAUGGUUGCAACAUCUUUGUGUGAUAUAAUUAACUUCCACAGUACCUACAUUAGAGAUAAUAACUGGAGGGCUCUAAGCUAAAGAGCCCUAACAGACAGGCCAAAAUAAAGCUGCUCCGGGUCACUUUGGAGGUAUGCUGUUUAAAUGA